AUGAUGCUGUACAGGGCGAUUGAUUCUGUCCUGUAUGAAGAACAAAAGGUGACAAUAACAGUUUGGGACAUUGUUUUGGUCACCGACUGGCUGGAUGGAGGGAGUGAUCAACAGAGCAACCAUGGCAGCAGCAAGCAGCCAGCACCUACUUGGAAGAAUCGAACACCUUUGGAACACAUGGACAAGAAAGAAAGCUUUAAACGUGUUUGA